GAGUUAUUCCGUAAAAGACAACUUCCGGUGUAAAUGCCCACAUGUUCGAGAUUCACUUCUAUUAGACUUUUACAUAAACUAAAAUGGAUCAAGAACGAAACAAAUCAAGAUUUUUCGCUCCAUACUCAGCGGGAGACCCAACUCUUAAUGUACCAGUCACGGCAGGCCAAGCUGGGGUUAUGUCACCAUAUAUGAACUUUGACCCUAGUUAUAUUAAAACAGGUGAAGCAGAAUUUAUAUUUCCUGAGGGAGCUGAUAAGCAGAGAGGCAGAUUUGAAGUAGCCUUUUCACAAAUAGGUGGUGCAGUUCUUGCAGGUGGUUUAUAUGGAACUUUGAAUGCAACGUAUCUGUGGAAGAAACAUGGGCAGACUGAUGUGACAGCCAGGAUUAGAUAUACAGACUGGGUUAAUACAGUUGGAAAGCGGGCAGCGUUUCAUGGACAGGCUCUGGGAACAAUUGCUGUAGUGUACAGUAUCCUAGGAAUAGUAGUGGCUAAAUCCACAGGAGUGGAAGGAGAAAUCAACAUCCUCUCAUCAGCCACCGCCACAGGAGCUCUAUACAGAAUGGCUGAUGGUUAUAAGAAAAUGCUCAGGGGAGGUGCUAUUGGUUUUGGACUUGCUUCUGUUUUCUGCUUAUGGAAAAAUACGGACAAAAUCCGCUAUAUGCUUGAUGGAUGAGAGCACGGUACUUAUUGGGACAACCAUUCAUUCCUGUUUAGGAAAGUGUUACUUUUGGAGAAAGAUUCUAGUUAAUUGUUUACUGCAUAACGGGUAAUUGAUGAGGUGGUUGCAUUUUCACGUCAAAUGUAGACCACAAUUUGGCACUUCUACUCAAAGUUCUAUUCAACUCAGCAGGUGAAAAUGAUCUUCAAAAAUACGGAAGGAAAUCAAGUAUGAUAUGCAGCUCAAAUUUCUAUGUUUGACCUUUCAUGAAAUGGUGAUAUCAAUAUGUAGUGAUAUUGUCAACAUAACAAUUAACAAACUAUACUUUUCUCGCUCUAAGUGUGAAAAUAUCAUUGCCAUUUUAACACGUGAUACAGUAGCACUAUGUGAUAAAUGUUAGAAAUCAGUGGUUUUGUUUAAGACUGAAUGCCCAGCUUUCAGUAUUGAGUACUGACAUUAUAAAACAGGGAAUCAUCGCAGACGCAACCUAUUCAUCUGUUUAUUUAUAAAAACUGCUACAACCUGACAGAGUGAACCUUACAGAUCCAGAUAUAAGCUACUCUAUCGUGUAACUUAUUAUGUAUAAAUACAACUAUAGUACAUUAAGUAGGAAGGAGCAGGACGCUAAUGGAGGUAGAUGGAGUACAUGGAGUGAGAUUUUGUACUGGUGUGUAAAUGAUAAAAUGUUGAUAGCAAUGUGUAGUGUGACUGUUGUGAAUUGUUAAAUACUGAUUGAUGUGGUAACGAGUGGCUGUUUGUUUGGAUGUUUAGGUGGGUAAGUAAAUGUAACUGGUUGUGUGUAGAAUUACAUAAGUGUAUUAUAUGUUUUAGUAUAGCGGUAGUAAGCCAUUUUAUUACAACUGUGAAGUGGACAUUUUCAGUGUGCCAAUUUUCCCCUUUUGACAUGUCUUGUAUCUUGUUACAGUAGGGAUGUGUAUGUGGAUAACAUAUACUGUACUACUUUUAAGCUGGGACAUUGAUCCAAAGGGUGAAUUGAGCCAUUUCAUUGUACUAUAAUGCAGCUAUCGCUGUCAAAUGUUCCUUUAAUCAACUUCAGAAUGCUUUUUGAUACCUCUGGUAUCAACGUUUCAUAAGGUUUAAUUGCAAAUAGAAUUUUAUAGAUCAAAAUAUUUAUGCUGGUUUUAAUUUUAAUGUUCACAUGAAAUAAAUUUGUGUAAGUGAAUGUCAA